UAUGGGGGCAACAAAACCAACAGGUGCAGAAACCAGAAAGCAACAGCUGAACCAACUCCAACACAACAGGUGCAGAAACCCAGACACAAUGGGUGCACAAUCCAGCAACAAAAGAGGCACAAACCAAACACCAAAGGUGCAGACCCCCAAAGCACAGCCCCCCUAAGGACAGAACGGGUGCAGAACCCCACAAACGGGGACACACCGCGGCCCCCCAGGCCGAGCCGGAGCAGAAACCCCCGCGGCCAAACCCCCCGGCCCCACCAGCCCAGCGGGGCCAGCGGCUCUGGCCGGACCCCCCAGCGCCAACACCCCAACCCCCCCCAGCCCGGCCCGGCCCCGGCUCAGAACCGCGGGGCCCCCCCUGCACCCCCAGCAGCCUCCAGCCCCGGGGGAGCCCUGCCGGGGGACGGGACCGCCCUCCCCGGCCUGCAGCAGGACGAGGGGCGAAGCCCCGAGCACAGACCCGCUCCCCGAGCCCCCGGGACACUCACCGGGCACGUCCUCGCCGCCUCGGGGCCGUCGGGACCAAAGGGGCUCCGGUCCGAGCCCGGCUCCGCGCAGGGCCCAGAGCCGCCCCGCGGCCCCGCCGAGUGGAAGCCAGCUCCCCCGGCAGCAGCUGCCCCAGGCCCGGCAGAGCCCGCACCGGCACCCGCUCCCGCCGGCCCCCCUCCCGCCUCUGCGCGUGCGCCCGCCGGAGCGGCGCCCCCCGCCGGCCCGGGGGAGCUUUUGAAGCCUCGGGGGCCGCCCCGUCACGUGACCGCGGGCUCAGCUGCGCUGGCGGGGCGCGUCUGGGCGCGGCUUGGCUCCGCCCCUCUCGGCUCCGCCCCUCUCGGCUCCGCCCCUCUCGGCUCCGCCCCUCUCGGCUCCGCCCCUCUCGGCUCCGCCCCUCUCGGCUCCGCCCCUCUCGGCUCCGCCCCUCUCGGCUCCGCCCCUCUCGGCUCCGCCCCUCUCGGCUCCGCCCCUCUCUCCCGCACAGUCUCGCCGCCUGGCGGACACAGCGCGGCACUGCAGAGCGCAGCGCCACCUGGUGGUCUUUGGGCGGCACUGCAGCCCCCGGUAGCGAUGACACCUUCCCGUGUCCCAUUCACCUGGCGGCGAGAACCCGGGUCCCCGCAUCGGGGAGGGGGGGGCAAGGUGUCUGGGAACAGUCGCUGGUGUGGGAUGGCCCGGGUGACCUCAGGGCACGGCUCGGCCUGA